AUGGGGUCCAACUUCAACGUCAAAUUCCGCAUGAUUGGUCCUUGGAAAUUGGAGAAGGAGGCAGAGAGCAUCAUGCGCAAUGAGUUGUACAACGUGGUGAAGCGUUCUGGAGGUUGGGUUUACUUGGCGACUUAUACCCUCGUCCCUUUCUUCAUUUUUGGGGUCAUGAGUAUGGCGCUUUAUGCUUGGGACGGCAUUUGCGAUUGUUUUGCAGCCUGCUUUUGUCGACGCUCUCAGAGCACUAAGGACUUGUCCCAGGACUAA